GUGGUUUAUAAUAAAAUGGCUGCCAGAGGAGUAACUUGUAAAGUUCUCUGGGACAGUAAAGGGAGCCUGUUAGUAGAGUUUGAUAACGUUACUGUAUUGAGUAAGUUUAUAGGGACACCUCCUCUCAUUAAUUCAUAUAUUAAUAUAACACAAUACAACAGAAUAGACUGUACUGAUGUAUCAAAUGGUUUCUAUCUUGAAGUGUUAAAGUAUUCACCAUUAUUUAUUAAUGAGGAGGAGGAGACAAACAUCACUAAUAAUAAUAAUAAUAGACAAAAUUUGGUUACAGUCACUGGUAUUGUUGUAUCUGUUAGUCCAGUCAAGAGGAACGGUUGUCAUGGUGACAUGAUGUACUUUAUCUCAAUGAAUGAGAACGAGAGAUUACUAUCAAUAAUUAUAACAGCCCCAUCUUUAUUCCAUUAUUCUCAGUAUAUCUCAGUUGGUGAUAGAGCCUAUACUAUCACUAGUUUAAAACAGUGUCUAGUUCAUAAAGGAUCAGUAGAGGAGACUAGACUAUUAUCAUCUACUGUACAGUCCCAGUGUAUCCCUCAGUCUGAGAGUAUUACUGAUAAUACACUACUCACACUCAAGGACUAUGGAGCUAAUCUACUCUCUUAUACU